UGUCACUUCGUUAGAACAUGUAAAGAAACUACAGUUGGUAAAAUAAAUAAAUAAAAUAAAAAUAAAAUAUCGCUUGGUGUCAGUGUUACCCAAUGUGAUAGUUUCGUGUUGGGACUGCCCUUUUUCUGACGUUGCUCCUGCCACUUCUUUACAAAGCGACGGCGGUGUGCUGACAUUACCUCAAAGAUGGGUCGAAAUCUUUAUUUUGUAAAUUGAUUUUCCCUUUCGGUGUUUAUGCGGAAUACUGCUGUCACGAAAACAAAGUGAUUACUGCUUCUACUAAAAGACAGAUGCUGUAAUUUUUCUUCGCGAUGUAUUGUUGCAGACAAAGGCGGAGAUGGGCGUACUGCUGGAUUGUUCUAUGUUUCUCUUUGCUGAUGCGCCUUACGGAGCAGGUUUCGACUCAGAUAAGGUUAAUCAGAACAAUGGCGUCCUGUCUGUUCAUAAGAAAAUCGACCGAGAGGAGAUAUGUGAUAGGAACCGAGCUUGCACAAUAAACUUAAAAACCUUAAUUGAAAAUCCACUUGAAAUACAUUACAUUGAAGUAGAGAUAAUGGACGUUAAUGACAAUUCCCCAGUUUUUCCAGAAAGCCAAAUCUAUUUAGAAAUAUCAGAAAGUACACAUUCAGGUGCACGAUUUGAACUUCAAGCAGCUCGUGACCUGGACGCUGGAAUAAAUUCUAUCCGUUCUUAUAAACUAGAGCAAAAUGAACACUUUCAGUUACAAAUGAAAAAUGGCGACGAUGAGGACAAAAUAAUUUUUUUAGUCCUACAGAAGCCGUUAGACAGAGAGCAACAAAGCAAACACUUGUUAAGUUUGACCGCAUUUGAUGGAGGGAAUCCUCCCAAAUCUGGUACUUUAGAUAUUAUUGUUUCUGUUAUUGAUGUUAACGACAACAUACCUGUUUUUACUCAAGAAAUAUAUGCAGUUACACUAAACGAAAAUGUCCCAGUUGGCACUAUAAUUACAAACGUUAAUGCCAGCGAUGCAGACGAGGGUUUAAAUGGAGAACUUGAGUAUACACUUAGACGAUCAUCCAAAAGUAAUGUAAACGACGUAUUUCAGUUAGAUAGUGUUACUGGAGAGAUUACUGUAAAAGGAAACAUUGACUAUGAGGAAAAUGAAGUGUACAGGUUAAAUGUCCAGGCAACUGAUAAAGGACAGCCACCGAUGACAGUAGAUUGUAGAGUUGUCAUAAAAGUUAUAGACGCGAAUGAUAAUAAACCUGAAAUACAUAUUACGUCAUUAUCCAACAUGGUUCUCGAAGACUCUAAAAAGGGAACAGUGAUUGCCCUGGUUAGUGUUACUGAUAAGGAUUCUGGUGUCAAUGGUAAAGUUAUUUGCAGUAUUUCAGGUAACACACCUUUUGAGCUGAAACCAUCAGUCAAAGACAACAUGUAUUCAUUAGUGACGAAAGAUGGGUUAGAUAGAGAACUUGUUUCAUAUUAUGACAUUACUAUUAAAGCAAUGGACUUAGGCCAACCUCCUCAAUCCAAUUACAAAUCUCUGAAUGUACAGGUUGCUGACGUGAACGAUAACAGUCCAGAAUUCUCCCAGAAUCCUCUUGAACUUUAUUUAUUGGAAAAUAACUCACCUGGGGAACUCACGUUUUCUGUAAGUGCCACUGACAGAGAUGUUAAUGAAAAUGCAGCAAUCGCUUAUUCUAUUAUCAGAAGAGACGGUAUACAAAAUGAAAUGGCAUCAUUUAUAAACGUCAAUGCGGAAAACGGGCAAAUGCGCGCUUUAACAAGUUUCGAUUUUGAAAAAGUCAAGACGUUCCAGUUUCACGUGCUCGCUACAGAUUCUGGAACUCCGUCACUAAGCAGCAACGUCACAGUGAACGUCUUCAUUCUGGAUCAGAACGACAACGUUCCAGUGAUCUUAUAUCCAGUCAGCGCUAACGGUUCUGCUGAAGGUGUGGAGGAGAUUCCCCGCAAUGUCAACGCAGGACAUUUGGUGACUAAAGUGAGAGCCUAUGACGCGGAUAUAGGAUACAACGGCUGGUUAUUAUUUUCACUGCAGGAAGUGAGUGACCACAGUCUCUUUGCUUUGGACCGCUAUACAGGACAGAUAAGGACCCUUCGCUCUUUCACAGAAACAGAUGAGGCUGAACAUAAACUGGUUAUACUGGUCAAAGACAAUGGAAACGUUUCACUUUCAGCAACGGCGACUGUGAUCAUUAAACUUGUUGAGCCCAAAGAGGCUUUUGCUGCAUCCGAUGUUAAAAACACAAUAAAAGAAGAGGAAGAAAAUAAUGUUACAUUUUAUUUGAUCAUUACCUUGGGCUCAGUUUCGUUUCUUUUUAUUGUCAGCAUUAUUAUGCUGAUUGUAAUGCAGUGCUCCAAAACUACAGACUAUUCCUCCAAAUAUUUGCAAGAUACAAAUUAUGACGGGACACUGUGUCACAGCAUCCAGUACAGAUCUGGAGAUAAACGCUACAUGUUAGUUGGACCAAGAACGAGUAUCGGAUCUACUCUAGUUCCUGGUAGUAAUGGGAAUACACUGAGAGGAACCAAUAUGCACAGUCGUGAGAUUAACCAAGCAAAGCUGUAUACCCGCGCACAAUCUCGAGCUUUACCCCAUUCACUGUGA